GAGAUGUGGGUCUCCGGUCGCUCUUAGAACUUCCGGCAGGGGGCUGCUGCGCGCACACGGUGGGUGACGCCAUAACCGCGCGCCGGCCCCUCCUCCCGUCUCGGCCACUGCCGCCGCCAUGGAGUCCAACAGGGACGAGGCGGAGCGCUGUAUUGCCAUCGCCGUGGCCGCCAUCAAGGCCAGCCAGCCCGACAAGGCGCUCCGCUUCCUGGAGAAGGCUCAGCGCCUCUACCCCUCCCAGCGGGUCCGCGUGCUGAUCGAAUCCCUCACCAAGAAUGAACAAUCAGCCAAUGGCCAGUCCAAAUCCAGGGAGUCCACAAAUGCCCACUUUAGGAAAAUGAGUGGAGACUUCCCAUCAGCCAAUGGGGAGGCAGGUGGGGAGACUAGCAAAGGUUACACCCAAGAUCAGGUGGAUGCAGUUAAGAGGGUAAAGCAGUGUAAAGAUUACUAUGAAAUUCUAGGAGUGAACAGAGAGGCCUCUGAUGAGGACCUGAAAAAGGCUUACCGAAAACUAGCACUGAAAUUUCACCCAGAUAAGAACCACGCGCCAGGUGCUACAGAAGCAUUCAAAGCCAUUGGUAAUGCAUAUGCAGUAUUGAGCAACCCCGAGAAGCGGAAGCAAUAUGACCAGUUUGGAGAUGAGAAAGUCAACCCUUCAAGACAUGGACACAGUCACACAGACUUCCACCGUGGAUUCGAAGCAGAUAUCUCACCUGAGGAUCUCUUCAACAUGUUCUUUGGUGGUGGAUUUCCUUCUAGUAAUGUUCACGUAUACAGCAAUGGCAGGAUGCGAUAUACCUACCAUCAGCGGCAUGACAGACGAGAACAUCAGGGUGAUGGUGGCCUUGGGUUGUUUGUCCAGCUGAUGCCUAUUCUCAUCCUGAUAAUUGUUUCAGCUCUCAGCCAGAUGAUGGUCUCCAGCCCACCUUACAGUUUGAGCCACAGGCCGUCUGUGGGUCACAUACACAGGAGAGUGACAGAGCACUUGAAAGUAGCUUACUAUGUAGCUGAGAACUUUGCAGAAGAGUACACUGGUACAAACCUGAAAAAUGUUGAGAGGAGUGUGGAAGACGAUUACAUUGCAAACCUUAGAAAUAACUGCUGGAAGGAAAAGCAACAGAAGGAAGGCUUACUUUAUCGAGCACGUUACUUUGGAGAUUCAGAUCUGUAUCAAAGAGCACAGAGGAUGGGCACCCCAAGCUGUAGCAGACUGUCGGAAGUUCAAGCCUCCAUGCAUGGAUAGUCACUACUAGACCACUCAGCGGAGGUCUAAGUAUGAGCUGACUCUUGAAAUGCCUGAAGACUUUUGGCGAAGUGCACUGAGCCAAGGUGACAGACUUUAUAUUUAAAGAAUCAAACCUUAAAUUAAAAUGGAAUUGGAGAAUUAGCAACGCACAACUGCCCUCUCUCUUCUCUCUCUCUCUGUCUCCAACGUUAGAUGCAGCAGGCAGCAGUUAGGAAAUAAAGCUGCCUGGCUUCUCCCUUCUUUCCAACACCACUAGAGUGCGACAGUCUAGUCUCUCCUAGGAUACAGCAACCAUGAGAACAAGUAUAGAGUAUAAAAAACAAACUGCAGCAAGCCAUGAAGCAGGAGACCCUUCCAUGAUUGCACUGGUCACUUCGAACAGAGAGAGAAAUUGGAAGAUUUUUUUAGGACUAAAAACCAAUUAAUAAGAAAAGAAUCUAUCUAUUUAGAAUUAAUUUAUAGCUAUAUGUAUGUUGUACUUUUAAACUAUGCAGGGAUUGGAUUAAAUUAUUUAGUUUUCUGCCCAAUUUAAUAAACUGUAAAGUGUGAACUCUAACCUGUGUCGGGGGGCUGUCCAGCCCUGCAGACCUAUCCAAUUUCAGGUUGUCAUUUGAUGAUACUUUGCAUUUAUUUUAUUUUUUUUAUUUUGUUGAGGAUAAUACAAUUUUGUGACUGAGUUUUUUUUUUAUAAAAGAAUCUCUAAAUCUGUAGAAAGAAGAUUUUCUUAAAAUUGACCAGACUCCUGAUUUGUUUUUGCUAUAUUGAUUUAAUUGGUGGCAGUCAACAGUGCUGGAUUCUUGUACAGCAAGGAGAGGAUUGUCAUAAAUGGUCUUAGCUCAUCAGUGUUCAGCUGGUUUAUGUGUGUGUGUAACUUUUUUUUUUCCAGAGUCUGCUUUAUUUCUGCCUUGUAAUCAGUUUGCAGCAUUAGUUCUGUAAACAGGGCCUGCCACGAGCUAUAUCCUUUUGUUCUUCUCUUUCCUAAACUCAGAGUUCCUCAUCCAGCAGACUGCUAACUGUAAUAUGGCUGUUACCUUGCCAUAACACUGCUGAUGUUUCAACCUGUAUUGACAUCCCAAAAAAAGAGUUUUUGAUUCUGGUGCAAGAAGUUUUGAUGGGGAGAUCAGAAAGAGGGGUCUGGUUAAUCUUCAGUUGCUUAAUUGGGCUUUGACGCAUCUGAUACUAGAUCACACUACGUUUUACCCAUUUUAUAGCAAUGGUUUUGCCCAUCAUGCAUUUUAGAAGAAGAAAUGAUGCUGCUAAAAGCCUUGGGUUUACCUGCUUGAGCAAGCAGGACCUGGAUUAGAGCAACAGGAUAGCGCUCAAGGUUAUUCUAAACCCAGUGUAUCUCUUUGACAUAUGAAGUGAGAGAGGCAAAAGUUGAAUGAGCUAAAUUACCAUUAAUGGCAUAAACUGGAUUCUUCUCUACCCUGAUGUUAAUUUUUGCCUGAAGACAUUUCCUAUACGAACAGUUUUCAGAGUUCCCUUAUGGUGAAAUUUAUCAAAAUAGCAGUGGCUGCCAAGUAAGAUGGUAAGGGGCUGGGAGAAAAGUGAAAGGCCAGAUGGUUUUAUUUCUGUUUGUUGUUUGAAAUUGACCAGCUCUAUUUUUUAACUGGAUAUUUAUGUAGCAAAAUGGUUCUGAGCCCUCCUGUUCAUUGCAAGCCUUACUAUCCACUACUGUGAUGUAUCUGAUCUGAUUUUGAGUUUUAAAAGAGAUCCCCCAGGUCUUUGGAGAGGGGUAUGGUGGAAAUAAAAUAUUUUGGAAUAAAUGCUGUUUACAGAGGCACAAGAGCUACCCAGCAUUAAGAGAUGUUGGAUGGGAAAUGUGAGACAACUCAUGUUUGCAAAAGGUGCUGACAUCUUUCAAAAUGGCACUCCUGCUCCAGUGCCCAUCCAACCAAAUCUUUUGAUUUCUCAAGUAGAUAUCCAUGGAUGGUAAGUGCUAUGUGCAAUAAAGCAUAGAUCCUAAAGGAUACUCACAGAAUCUGUAUUUCUUGAUUUAGAAUUAAUUAUACAAUUGUACAUCUAUAAAUAAAUGUUUAUUAUGUGAGAGACUC